CAACACAUAGUUCUGCUGUCGUGAAGUUCGUAACAUGUGAUGUUUCGUGAAAAGUGUUAAUUUUUUUAAGAAAAACCUUUUUUAAAUAUCCGUGGUGCAUCUUAAAAGUGUUAUAACGAUACAUUUGUGAUUUGUGUGUAGUGUUUGUUGUGCUAAAGGUGUUAGAAUAUCCCAACAAAAAUUACAUGGAUAAAGCCGUCACCUGAGGUUGUAAAGACAUGGAGUCGCACAUUCUUAAUACUUAUACGUAUCGGGAGGCUCCAUUUCGUCCCAUUGGGCACAAAGUCAUGCGUAUGAAGAUUGACUCCCUGUCGUCAGAAAGCAGCAGUGGAAACCAAAAUAGCCCAGAAUACUCCACUCAAAUCAGUGUGCCACAACUGAGGCAUUCUGUGGACAGCAAUGGUGACGAAAAUGAAACUAAUAUAAGUAACACAAGUCAAAAUAGUAGUAGUAGCUCAGACGAUGAAAGUUCCGAGCCGGAAGAAAGUAUAGAAAACGCAGAGGAUGUAGAGGAAAUUGCUGUGCAAGAGAAUGAACAUGAAGCGGUUGAGGAACAGGACAUUAGUUUAGAUUAUGAAGAAGUCCUCGAAGUAGAGGACGAAGAAACAGGCACACAAAUAGAAAUAUCGAAGUCUUUACCGACUGCAUUGGAAGUUGGGAAUUGUCUGAUAGAAGAUGACGAUUAUACAGUUUACACAGUGAUUACAGUUAAUCCAAACUGUGAGUUGAUGUGCGAGGAGGAUGACGAGGAGGAAGGUAUAGAGACAGAAGUAGAAACUGCUAAUGGUACUGAUAUCAGAGCUAUUGAAUAUCCAGAAAGGGAAUCAGGUGAAGUAAUUUCAAAUGUCAAUAUUUCUAUAGGAAAAAAUCAACACAUACUGGAAGACGUUCCUGAAGUUAGUGACGACGAUGAUGAGUAUUUUAACGGGGGUAUAUCGCUUCCAGUUGCGAACUUUAACGAUUUCCUCCCUAAAUUGCCUGAUGAAGAAAUUAUUAAAGAACAUAGUAACGACCUUUAUAUACCGGUUACUCAAGAAAAUAGUAAACAAAUCGAAGAUUCAAGUAACACCGUGGUACCCGAUCCGGAUCAACAAAUUGCGGAUCAAAUUGUAUCCAAUAAAAACACAAAUUUAUCUAAUGAAGAAUUAGAAGCCUUGCCAAAAAUCGAAGACAUAAAAAGAUAUCUAUUGGAAGAUAUGCCAUUUUCAAAAUUACGGCACGUACAAAAGUCAUGUUCGGUGCCGCAAUCACCUAUACCGCAUAUAUGUAUGGAUAUCGAAGAAGUCAAAACCAGUAUGACCUUUGAAGAUUUGAACCUUGAUUUAUCUGACCUAGGCUUAGACAAUGAUAAAGACAAAUUAGAUAAUAGUGUUAAAAUGUAUCACACUUUAACGGAGGAAGAUGUGAAUAGCUUUCUUAUUACUGAUAAGAAGGAUGUGCAAGAAGAGGACAAUUUCCGUAUCGAAGAUAUGGAUCUUGAGCGCCCUCUCGAAGCUACCAUAUCCGUUUCUUCGCCUGUCUCUACGUUGAAUAGGUCAUCGACACCAAUUCAAACAGUCCUAGACUUUUGUAUAGAAAAGGCUACAAAUAGGAAGGAAUUACCGACAGAUUCAAAAGGCGAAUUAGAAGAUUUUGUUGAUGUAGAAUCGUGUAACGAUUCAGUUAUGCCAGUGCUUGAAGCCAAUAAUUUGAAUUCUUUGUUAGAACAGUUUGAAGCGUCUGAAGACAUCAAUACAAAGAAGGAUAAAUCAGAAGUUGUGGCUGUAGCGUCCAAACCUAGUUCAAAUAAAACUGGUUUGUCCAACGGCACGCGACUUCAAGACGCUGGAAUGCAAUUAAAUAAGAAUAAAAUGCGGCAAAUACUGAUGCCGCCUACACCACUUAAUGUGUCCAGCAGGCGGUCACCGAGCCCCGUGCACUCGGAUCAUGACUACUGCUCGCCGAAAAAGCGAAGUAGCCAGCCUAAACUGAAGGGAGGACAAAGUUUACUCAAACCCGAUGUAGUUACGAAUAACAGAUUACUUAAUUCUAGGCAUAGGUCGUGUAAAAGUAAGAAAAUAGUGUAUCAUGUGAGUAGUGACGAAGAAGAUAGUAGUGUUAAAGACAAAAAAAAAUUGAAAGAUGAAAUGGAUUCUAAAAAAAAGAACAAUACUAAACCAACCGUACAGUCGAACUGUCGUAGAAAACUGUCCCCACCCCUAAGUGCACCAGAUAGUUGUAAAGAUAUUAAAAAAUCUGUGAUGAACAAAGAUGCUUCUGAAGCUGAUAGUGAUAUUAGUCAAAAUUCUAAUGGUAGGAUUAAAUUACUAAUUAAAAACCAAUCUAAAGUUAUACUUAACUGUGAUCACGUAGACUCUCAGAAAGAUGUAGAAAAGUGUAAAAAUAGUGAUAGUGAAAAAACGAUAAAUUUAGAUAAAACCGAAAAACAUUCAAAAAAAUUAGAUAGGCAUAAAGUAAAAUCUUUGGAUAAUAUAGAGACUGCUAAUAUAAAGGAACCCCGUCCCAAACAGGACAACUUUUAUACCGCCUUGUUUAGUAAUAAGCAAGACGUCCAAAUUCCCAAAGAGAUAAAACUCAAGCCGGAGAAGAAGCCAGUUGAUGAAGAACUAAACAAGUGUAUGUUGGUAGCUGCCAUAAAGAAACAGGUUGAACAACCUCAAAAAAAGAAAAAACUGAAUUUGCAAGAAUAUAAGUUGAGGAAAGGAGCCAGUUCGAACAACAGCUCGGCGACAGUAAGUCCCGAAGCAAUAUUCCCCGAUAUGCCCAGUCCUGGCCAGGAUAAAAUACCAAAAUGUCCUGUCAUAAAGCCAACUAAUGGCUGUUCAAAUAAUAUUCCUAAGCCCAACGAACCAGAAUGGUUCGAUCCUAUCAAGGAGGCUUCACGGAAAAUAUUGUUAAAUACUAACAAAAAGAAAGCGGAGGCGCUCCGAAAAAGGGAUGAAAUAAUAGUUAUGAGCAAAAUACCCAAAGUUGAGAAUCUUCAGCUCCAGCCUCUCAUAAGCGAGGCUGAAAUGCUGAAAAUAGUAGGGAAAGCUCAACCAGAAAUAUUGCCGAUGCCACCGCAAUCUGAUAAACCACAACAAUCUGGGCUAUAUCAAGAAAUCGUUUUAGUUAGCGUGGGAAUUAAUACAGAUGAUAAAAUUUGUCAACAAGAAGAGCCUGAAGUAAAAGCUAUAUCACCUACAGACUCAAAAUCGCUGAUUAAUUUUAAAAUUAAAAAAAGCGAUCACGUACUAAAACAGAAUGUGUUUGAUAAUGUGAAGAGGGGUAAGAGCAGUACCGUUGAAGAUAACACUGACAAAAAGAUCGAUAAAAAACGUUAUAAAGAUAUUACGGCGACGUUGAAGAGUGUCGAGAAACAGGUCGAAACGAGAAAUUUGUCCAAUUCGUUAUUCUCGAGUAUCCAAGACGUCGUCAUGAAGAAAGCUCCCGAAAAGAUUGAAUCGGUUGAGUCGACGAAUACAAAGUCUCAAAAUGAGAAACGCUUUGUUAAGACUACAAUAGUGAGGGAGUAUGAUCCUAAAGCUGAACACGGUGAAGACAAGGUCAUAUUACAUUUAGGCAAGAAUAGAAGUAAACCAUCGACUUGUACUAUAAGUAUACAAACUGAUACACAACCAGAAUUCACUGAGCUGCCAGCUGUGAGCACGCUCAAAAAGAAAGCGAGCCCACCUCCAGCGCGACAAAGGAACGACAGUGAUAUGUCUGUAUCAAGUGAAAGUAGUAUACCAAGGAAGACCAGUGAGCCACAGGUAGAAAGUAGAAAAACAAAGGAAAUAGUGUCUAAACAUAAAGAUUCAAGAGUCUAUAAAAAUGACCGGUCUCGAUCUAAAGAUCGUUAUGACUCCAAAUACAGUAGGCGACGAUCGAGGUCUACAUCGCGAGGGCGUAGAAGAAGAUCGCACAGUCGUAGUCGCAGUCGAUCCAGAUCCCGUGGCUACAGGAGAUACAAGAGAUCAGAUUCUCCUUACAAGAGGAAGCACAGAUCGAGGUCGCCAUACAAGAACAGAUCGCAAAGAUCUCGCUCCAGGCAAACGGACACUCGAUCAAAGAGUCCUGCAGCCAAAAAAAUAAAAUUGACACCUCCUGUCAACGGUAACGAGAGAAAGAGCAUCAAGUCGCUGACCCCUCCCUUACGGAAACCAACCAUUUCCGAAUGCUCAGACUCGUCCACCUCAAGUUCAUCCUCUUCAUCGAGUUCUUCAUCAUCGUCGUCGUCAUCAUCGACCUCGUCUUCAAGUUCAUCAGCAAGUUCGACCAAGUCGAGGGGAUCUGGCAGCUCAUACAAGCGAGAUGAACCAUACAAAUCUAAGGGCUACAGGAGUUACAGUUCUGAGGAUAGGGAGAGUAAUACCCUUGUCGAAGAACGUCGGAUAGUAUUCGUCGGUCGGUUAGAGAAAGAUAUAACGAAAAUGACUUUGAAAAACCAGUUUUCCAAGUUUGGCCAUGUUGUGGAAGUUCGGCUACAUAGCAAGGAGGAUGGGUCGAGAUACGGUUUUGUGACGUACCAGCGGGCACGUGACGCCUGGGCGGCAGUCGAGGCUUCCAGUUCCUUCCCACAAUACGACGUCGGGUUCGGAGGGAGAAGGGCCUUCUGUAGACAAAGCUAUGCUGAUCUUGAUGGUCUUGAAGCCAAGUACACCGAGAGCGCGUUCCACGGGCAAGUAGCGUUGCCCCCGAUGCGGAACGACGACGACAUGACCUUUGAUAAGAUGCUAUUAGAAAUGAAGAAAAAACUCAGCCAAAGAAAGAGCGAGCAUAAACGCUCAGACGAUUCCAAGCCUUGACAGUUACCAGUAUUUGGCUGGCCAAUCAGCAUGGUGCUCUCUCUAAGAAUUAAAGUGACGAUUCAUAGUGAAAAUGGCGGAUCUUAUCCAGCCCCAGUGAGCCAAGUGACAGUGAUUUAGGUUAAAAAGUGAACAGUGGAACUGCGUUUUUACUAGACCGCUGGCUUCUCAUAAAAAACGGUUUUUCGGUAAGCAAUUACUUUUAGUAUUCUAACACUUGCCUCGGUAGAACUUUCAGUCAUAGUAGAUAAGCAACAUAUAAUGACUAAAUUUAUUAUUUAAAACUUGUACUUGUAUAUCAAUGUACUGAUUGACAUUCAAAUUAUCUCGGCUAUGUGUACCUUGUCAAUUUAUUUAUAAUGUGUCAGGUCAUGAGAAAAGGAGUGAGAUUAAAUGAUUUAGGAUAUAAAACCGAAUUAAUAAUGAAAUUUUUGUCACAUUUUUGAUGGAAUCAUGGUUAGGUUAUGCUGUGGGUGUGCGUGCAAUGACAGCUGUCACGUAUGACAGCUGUCAAAGUGACAGUUACCUAGUGACGUGCAAUCAAAAGACAGUGUUCAGCGUUUAGUUGCGAACAAAAUUUGCUCAUUGAUUGUGACAUUUUAGCGGUUAUAAUCGUUGACUUAUUUAAUUGUAUAAAAACUUGUUGAGUAACGCUAAAUGUCACAAUCGCUUUGGUUAUCGUUUCGUUUUUAGCUUAUUAGUUCUUAGUCAAAUUACCUCAAGGAUAUAAAUAGUCGUUCGCUUUUUCAUUUGUAAAUCUAUUAAUGUCAUCGUUUUUCAUUUGUUUUGAACUGAUUGACUGUCAACAGUUUUUGGAACCUUAGAAUAAAACCGUUCGAAGUCACAUCAUCUAUUCUAGUUUCUUAUUCUUACUAGUCGUGCUGUAUGCAAAAAAAACAACACUUUCAUGCUAAGACAUAAGUUUCAUUUUGGCUUGUACAUAAUUAUAAAAUAUAGGGUACCCACAGGAAUUAUAAUGCUGGGACCAUUAGGAGAAAUAAUCUCUUGCCUGUAAAUAACUAUAGUGAAUUCCUUUCAAAACUUGACAUAUUUUUUGUAUAAAAAUUGACUUUUAUGUUUGCGCAGCUAUUUUUCACUGUAACACACUUCUAAAGGGUUA